AUGAGAGUAACUUCUGGAUGGUUUCAGUUCUAUGUGAGAAUCUCAGGACUGACCCAGUCUGACUCAGGACGGUACAGAUGUGGUCUGGGUGACUCUUUAUCCUCAGUUUCUUACCAGGACUUCAGACUCGUUGUUGUAGACGCUCUGCUGGAUGGAAACAAAGAUCAUCACGUCUAUAAAGAAGCUGGCAGCUCGCUCACAGUCGCCUGUUCCUUUGGUUCCUCUGGAAAAACCAAAUCCUUCUGCAGAGGAGGACCUGGAGAAAAAGAGGUUCUUGUUCAGACAGGUGGAGUCAAAGAUGAAAAAGGCAGAUAUAGUUUAGAAUAUGAUGAACAGCCUUCAGGAGGAGUUCUGUUGGUGACCAUCACCCAGCUGACCCAGUCUGACUCAGGACGGUACCGAUGUAAACUGGACAGAACUGGUUCAACAAGUUUAGACCUUCAUGUCACCUUCAGAGAUGUCGACCCAUCAGUCUCCACUCCACCAACCACCGUCAGCAUCAGGUCCACUUCAGGAAGCUUCACACCUUCAGCUUCUUCUGAAACCACCAAUGUGACUCAGGACAACACUGUAACAUCUAAAGGUGCAUCCAACCACAGUGUUCUGAUGUUUGUGGGUCUGACUCUGCUCAUCAUCAUCACCAUCUUCCUGCUAUUAGUGGCUCUGCUGGUUUUCUGCACAAAACAACGAGAUAAACAUCACAAAGAAGCUCCUGUACAUGCAGAGCAUUCUGCUGUCACUGAGGGAAUCAGAAUUUAUGAGAAUGUCCAGGUAGACGAUGAACAGUGGAGAUGGGUUGAUGUGGAUAUCUACUCAUCUUACGGCGACACGAUGAACACCAAACCAACAGCAGCUUCUCCGCACAUAGCUAAAAAUGACUCGACUAAAGCCACAUGUGCAGCAGUGAAGCAUUCCAGCAGAAAAGCGGCAUCUGAUCUUAAAGCUUCCUGUGGUACCAUGGCUGUUCUCUACGCUGAGCCUUCUGAGCGUGAAACCAGUGACGAUGAGCCGCUGUACUUCAACACAACUUAGCUUCAGCUCUGCUGCAGCCAUGUUUAUCCCCACAGGUCAGCAGGAAGCUAGAAGCUGAGGUAAUGAUCUGAAACCCAACGGAGGUUUUAUGGAAACAGACGCUGCAGCUCUGCUCCUACAAUCAUCACCGCCAGCAUGCUUCAGAUGGAGCUGAUUAACCUCGGGUUCAUUUGGUCUAGCUUUCUUUUGUUCUCUUAAGAUUCAGAAGAAGAUCAGCUAAGUGUUUAGCAUUUUAAUGUUUCUCAGUCUUCUCCUGCAAUGUGAAGCAAUGAAGGAUUUGUAGUUGUGUUAUCAUCACAACAAUCAGCUGAUUAAACACCCUUUCAUCCCUUGUUCAUGUUAAUGCAGCUGCAGCAGGUCAGAACUCAUGGAAAUGCAUGUUUAUGUCUCCUGCCUAGAGACCAGCAUCUUAACAAUAAGCCUGAUAACAGAGAAGCAUUAACAGAGAUGUUUCUGAGUUGGAUCAUCUUUUUGUGGCGCUGCUGUUUGGUUCCUGCAGUGUAGAGGUCAAAACAUUCAUCCCUGCACUAAGCUGCAGACACCAUCCUGCUGAGCUCAUGUUUGGGUGGUUGAUACAGGGGCAGACCAGUUUCUGUCUGAGAUGUUUUUAGGUUUAAAAUACACUGGAAAGUUGUUCUUCUGUUUUAAACUUUCUGAUUGGACCGGUACCUGUUGCUGCUUGAUUUUACCAUCUGUUCACUGAUAUUUACAGCGUCUCUUACUGUAUAAUAUGUCUUACAUGGAUUUUAUUGUAUUCCAUGUUCUGUGUUUGGUGGUAUGCUUUGACCCCAUAGGACUGCAGAUGGAAAGUAGCCUUGGGCUAAAUCUGGCAUAUUAAGCAUAUUUACAGCCCCAGUAGCUUGUUCGUUAAUAUGCAUUGUCCUGUUUAAAUAAAUAAAUCACAUCAAAUUCACUGUAACUUCUGCUUUAUUGUUCAUGAUUGUUAACUUAGAAC